AUGUGCCCAGCAACAGCGUUUAAAGAAACCGCCAAACGCCUCGCCAACGCCUACCUUAAUAAACCAUCCGAACAAGCAAUCCUCGGCUUCCUACUGCUACCGCGGAUCCUCGGUAUAGGCCUCCAGCAAGGCAACUUGAACCAGAAGCUGCGCAACUACCCACACAUACUCCCAGCACCUCCUCCAGAGCAAGCCAACCAAGCACGCCCCGAGCCAAAAGAGCUAAACAGCUCGCUGCGCGCUAUAGAGCUACUUGAACAAGGCUUUCUCGGUCGUGCAUCACAGGCGCUCGUCGACCAGGCGCCUCUCGCAGAGCUUACUCCAGAACUCAAAGCACAGCUUUGCCAGAAGCACCCAAUCGGCCCCAAAGACCCCUUCCAGAUCAGAGCCCGCCCACACGCAGGCCAGCCUAUCAAGAUCGAUGCUAUCCGCACAGCGAUCUGUACCACCAGCAAAGAAAAGGCCCCUGGUCUCAGCGGCUGGACGCGCUCGCUUCUCGACAUUGCGACAGCAGACGAAACAGACGGCUCCACGUGUACCGGCGUGCUCGCUAUGAUCCGCCACAUCGCAGAGGGCAUCCGACUAGCUACAGCGAAAGGCUCGUACCUCCUUACAGCAUCACGCCUCAUCGCGCUAGAAAAAGACGAUGGCGGUAUCCGCCCUAUCGCUAUCGGCGAUAUGAUCUACAGAAUCGCUAUGAAAGCUGUUAUCGCCACGCUUUUCCGCCCCGAGAUGCUUCUCCCGAACCAGCUCGGCGUCAGCUCCCCCGGCGGCGUCGAACCCGCUAUCUUUGCGCUCCAAAGCGUCAUUAUGAGCGACUCUACCGAAUUCGAUACUAUCACCUCGGCCGAUGAAAGCAACGCCUUCAACAACCGCGACCGUACAACCAUCGCAACAGCAGUCCUCAACCAUGCGCCCACGCUGCUGCAAGCCUCUGCCUGGGCACUCAACCACCCGGCGCUGCUUGUACUCUCAGACGGCACAGCUCUAGCCUCUGCACAAGGCGUACGCCAAGACGAUCCGCUCGCUAGUCUACUCUACUCGCUCUCGCAGCGCCCAACUAUCGAAGCGCUCCAAAGAAAGCUACCAAAUUCCCGUAUUUUCGCUUACCUAGACGACCUCUACGUACUCGGUUCGCGCAAAGACCCGGAAAUCAAACCAGUACUCUUAGAAACCUUCACCGAACACAACCUUGAACUCAACAUACGCAAAACCAAGGAACAUAAGAUCGAAGACCUUCGAACUACAGGCCUGCCGGUACUAGGCUCGUUUGUAGGGCCACGAGCUGCUCGAAAAACGUUCCUCGAGAAGAAGAUCGACAACUAUAACUCUAUUCUUCUCACCCUGCGCACGCUGCCCAAACAACAUGCAUUACUGCUACUUAAAGGUAGUAUCAACCACCUACUACGCCACUUGCUCCGCCAGCUCGACCCGCGCGGGCUUACAGAACUAUGGCAACAAGCCGACGCCGCCACAAUCGCCGCACUAGGCUAUAUCGCGUCCCGUCGACUCCAGCCAAUCAACAUAGAGCAUACUGCCUUAAUUGGUAUCCCAGCCCGCCAAGGUGGACUCGGACUUAUACUACAUACAAAGGUAGCAAAACAGCUCUACGCAGCCGCUCGCGACGCCAAUACUGCUACUAUACAGUUCAUUCUACGCGGUAAGACAACACCUACCACGCUACUACUAGACGAACCCGCCCACCCGGCCGAAACAGCGCAAAGCGUGCUUAAGAGCUUCUAUACAGAACAGCUCGAGAGCCUCGACUCAAUCUCCGAACCCGAGCGCAAUGCUCUCGCCGAAAACGCAAGCUACUUGGGUCGUCGCUGGAUCGAGGUUCUACCAACAAGCCCCAACACCAUGUUCACCGACGCCGAGAUCACCGAGGGACUCCGAAACAGGCUCUUAAUACCUAUAAAGCCACCAGACUUACCCUGUACACACUGCGCUGCACGUACCGCCAUCAACCACCAAGACACUUGCAAGGCUGCCCAGAGACGCUACCAAGCACGCCACGACCAGAUCAACCGAGCUAUUACCAAAACACUCUCUUGCCGGGAAGAUCUUGAAGUCGCUCCAGAGGUAGCNGAGGCCUUCGACAUCGUCGCUCUCCAGGAGCCGACCCGGACCAGUCACGUCCCCGCGUCGGCUCUGUUGAACUACCACGUCGUUUUCACUGAUAAUGGCACGGCCACAUAUGUACAUAAACGCCACCCUACACACUCUUGGAGCUCGUCCUCCACAGCAUUUUCCACCACUAUCCGCUUCGGCUCCGUCUCGGUCACUAAUGUGUACCGGUCCGGAGCUAUCUCCGUCCUCGACAUAGCCACCCUCUUCAACAAUCUCUCUCCUAGAACCCCACAUGUUAUUGUCGGUGACUUCAACGCCCACCACCCAAGCUGGGACUUCUUCGGCCGCGAAACCCGGGACUCCUCAGAUCUCAUCGCGGCCGCGGGACAGGCCCGGCUCGUACUGGUAACACCACCCGGCAUCUUCACCUGGGAACCGCCAGGGGACCGGCACGGGUCCUCGCGCCCUAGUACUAUCGACCUAGUCUGGGCCUCCCCGCCACUCCAGCCUCGACAUAUACCCGCGCCGCGGGACCUCCACGGCUCCGACCAUAUACCCCAACUAACAUAUAUCCAGCAUACACGUACACCUUCGCCGGCCCCUACCCGGCGAUGGCGCGAGGCCGACCCGGACGCUAUACGCGCCCUGGGGGCCACGCUUAUAAUAACACCUGAAGUCCCGACAGACUCGGCCGCGAUUGACCGAGCCUUAACCGACCUCCAUAAUCAACUUGACGAAAUCGCCUCCGCCACGGUCCCGAGCCGUGUCCCGGGCUCCGCGGCACAACCGCCUUGGUGGUCCAGUGUCGUCUACGACGCUGUUAUCUCGGCACGGCGAGCUCGCCGGCACCGGCACGAUAGCGACGCGGCCCAGGAACGGUACCGCGACGCGGUACGCGACCGCAACCGGGCCAUACGACAGGCGAAGACAGCAGCCUGGCGCCGGUUCGUCGACGAGCUAUCACACGGGUCCUCGGCGCUAUGGCGGUUAGCCGAAUGGGGUGCUAAACCCCCGGACGCUAAAUACCAGUCCCGAGCAGUACCGCCGCUAGACCGCGACGGAACCUCCCCAGCGACGUCUAUCGAGGAGAAGGCAGCAGUGUUCGCCGCGAAGUUCUUCCCCCCUGCUCCUAACCUCCCGCCCUCGGGCCCCUGGCGGGGCCCACGUUAUAUUCUAUCAAUUCCAGCAAUGUCAGUAGAGCCUGAGCGUCUAUUUUCAAGUAGAGACGCCAAUAAGCCCGAAGCGGUGGACGCCAUCGACAUCUUCGCCAGGGACAUCACUAGUUCCCUCGACUGUUACCCCCUACACGGGGCCACGGCAGACCCGACCUUUACCCGGGAUGUCAUCCGGGAGGUCGUUAAGGAAACCCUCCUCCAGUCCAAAUCCCAACCGACCUGGGCCCAGGUCGCCUCCACCACCAAGCCAUCUACUACCGACAAGACUAAUACUAAAGCCCCAAACAAAGCCGAACCUUAUGAAGUCACCGUCCGCGUUGCGAACUGCCUGGAGGCGACCCGGCGCCGGUCUAGCCACGAUACUAUCCAGCGCGCCAACUCAGUGCUUCGAAAUAACACGGUAAUAGCUGCCCGAACACUCCCUUCUGGCGACGUACGCCUCACUUUCGCGGCCGCAGCUGUUAGUUCCCAGAUCGACGAGGCUUGGCUGCUACAUGUAUUCGGCUCGGGAGCGACUCGGCUCCGAACUGAACACGCUGUUAUCGUAAGAGGCGUACCGCCCGCGGUCAUUAAUCCCGAUUUCGAUAUCCACGGCGUAGCUGCGCAGAACGGUAUUUCCUUCCAAAGGGUGAUCCCUGCCCGGGCCCGACCCGGAGCCACCAAGCGCAGUUUCAUCCUGUAUGUAACAGACAUAGAGACCGCCAAUAAGCUCUGCGACCGAGGUUUUGGUAUCGACGGCCAGCUCUUCGACUGCGAGCCCUACACAGCUUCUGCCCGUCCCCUCCAGUGCUACAACUGCUUCCAGUUCGGCCACCAAUCUCGCCAGUGCGCUAAACCUGCGAUCUGCGGCUCUUGCUCUGGGGAUCACCACGGCUUCGUCGAGGGCACUAAGCGGUCUCUUCCCUGCCCCUCUACGGCACCGAAGUGCCCGAAUUGUAAUAAGGACCACCCGGCUUGGGCACGAUCCUGUCGUGUCGCUGAUCGGGAAUGGGAGCGAGCGCGUGCUGCCUACAGCAUACGCCCGCGCCGGUUCCAGGACGCACCCGUAGCUAACAUACCGCCACCACCACCACCACCACCACCAACCGUUAUCUAUACACACUCAGACGACACGCCGGGCCCGGACCGCAAGCGACAACGUGGUCGACCACGCAAAUCCCUUCCCCCCCAGACUAACAAGAUCAACUUUUGCCCGGAUAUCCCCAACCCGCCGUUCGGGUCCUCCCAGGCCCCGGGCGGCACCCAGAAGAAUCCUGGGGCGCCUGCCCCAGAGCCAGCAGCCACCCGAGGCCCGACGACCGACAUAACUAUGCCCGACCAACUGGAUGCUUAG